UUCCUUGAAGACCAAACUCAUUAACCCCACCAUUUUUCUUCAUUCGUACCAACCCAUUUUUCUUCCUUCCUACCAACCCAUUUUUCUUCUUCAAGGUCCUUCAAUUUCUCGCUAAUCUUUCUCUUCUUCAUAGUGUAAUCAAUCGCGAAAUGGAGGUUUUACAGGCACUUGAUUCUCAGGUUCUCAUUGGUUUAGUAGCGGCGUUGGUUGCCAUUGUUGUUGGUGCUGUUUUCCUGUUUUCCUCGAGGAAACCCGCAUCCAGAGCCUGCUUGGAUCCUGAGAAGUUUAAGGAGUUUAAGCUUGUGAAGCGUACUAAGCUGAGCCACAAUGUGGCGAAGUUCACUUUUAUACUUCCCAAGACUGAUUCAAUUCUUGGUCUUCCUAUUGGACAACAUUUAAGUUGCAGGGGGAAGGAUAGCCAAGGUGAAGAAGUUAUUAAAUCUUACACCCCUACUACUUUGGAUUCGGAUGUUGGAUAUUUUGAACUAGUCAUAAAGAUGUAUCCCCAAGGCAGGAUGUCACAUCAUUUUCGAGAAAUGCGUAUGGGGGACUCUCUUGCUGUAAAGGGACCAAAGGGACGUUUCAAGUACCAACCUGGUCAAGUUAGUGCAUUUGGGAUGCUUGCUGGAGGCUCUGGCAUUACACCUAUGUACCAAGUUUCUCGCGCUAUAUUAGAGAACCCAGAGGACAAGACAAAGGUUCACCUUAUUUACGCCAAUGUUACUCUAGAAGAUAUUCUGUUGAAGGAGGAAUUGGAUCUUCUUGCCAAAAGAUACCCUGAUCGCUUCAAGAUCUACUAUGUGUUGAACCAGCCUCCUGAAGUUUGGGAUGGCGGCGUUGGCUUUGUAUCUAAGGAAAUGAUUAAAGCACAUUGCCCUGCACCAGCUGCUGACAUUAAGAUUCUACGAUGCGGUCCGCCACCGAUGAACAAGGCCAUGGGCGAGCACCUUGACGCUCUUGGAUAUUCACCUGAAAUGCAGUUUCAAUUCUAAUCCAUGGUGUCAUAUCUUCCAACCUUUCCAUAAUUUAAAUUGAGAUGAAAACUUUCAUUCUAAAAAUUUUAUUUGUAUCAAUGAGCAUCAAAGUUGUAAGGGAUUAUUUUUAACUUUAAUAAUGGAUGUUUUCUUAAUUGAUUUUUCA